AUGCAUACCGAAUCCCAUAUGCGUUACAGCAAAACGACUCCUUUUGACUUUGAUUUCUUCUUCAACUUCGUACUCUCCAUCGGAAUGAUUCAAUUCGGGUUCAUGAGGAGACCAGCCUUUGGCAUCCCCAGGGCUGAUUAUUUGGACUCACCAACAGGGUACCUCUGUUCCAUACUCAAGGUAGUCGUUCUUGUUGAGCUCCGAUGCAUUCCUCGUGGUGUCAUGCUCUCGGCGGUGUCAACGCUGGUAGAUCGUUGAAAAUUCUCCUGUCUGGGAAUAGCGAAGAGGAGAUGGGAUGGUGAGCCAUCAGUAUUAUUCACAAUGUCACCUCUUUCAUGCUUCAAAACUGAGGAUACCUUGUAUUUCACCUUUGGAUGCUCAUCGAAAAAAUCAAUAAAGGAGACAGGCUCGUGUAGACCCAACACAUUGGGACAUAUAGACAUGGCCUUGUGGUUGAACAGGGGAUCAGCCCUUUGUUGGGUCAUGUUGACGCUACCAACCCCUGCACUUCUUCUGCCUCUUUCCUUUCGAUUAUUCGGGUGGGGUUUUGGUGGGGCUUUUGAAAGAAUUGCUACAUAUUAUUGA